CUAAGAAUCAGACACGGUGAUCUAUUAUAAUAUUAUUACAGAAUAAUUUUGUAGAUAAACAUGAUGCCCGAUCUUUAAUCUAUUUCAGAAUGGCUGCCGCCUCAAUAAAAUUCAAUGUUUAACUUAGGAAGCACUAAUACAAGUUUUGCUUCAGCACUGCCUGACUGUAUUGGUUUAAGAAGAAGAGCAGAGCUGUUGUUCAGGUUACGAACACGAUCACUCGAACGAUAAACAUUAUUAAUUGCAAUAUCAAUACUAAAGAAAAAAUUCUGCAUUUUAAUUGUCCUGUUCCUAAUAUUAAGGUUUAACGUAAAAAUAAAUUAAGAGAUAAUAACUCAAAGACAAAAAAUGACACAUUUUUCAAUUCUAAAAUAAUUAUGGCUUGCAAAAUAUUUUAGAGUGACAGACGCUAUUUAGAAUCAGGUCCAAAUGUAGAAAAGCACCUUUAUAAUUUUAAAUGUCGUCAUAAUAUCCAUCACAUUUAUAGUAGUUUCAAUAAUUAUAUAUCAGAUACAUCAUGCUGAGGCUAUUUAUUGAAUAAAUUUAGUGAAGGAACCAGAAACUAGACACUUUUCAAAUUGCAAUAUGCAUUUAUCUAUAAAAUGCGAAAGCUUGUUAAGGGUAUCGGUAAUCAACACAAACAUCUUUU